AAGGCUACGAUCUUUUUCCCCCCCCCCAACGCUGCUGGGCCUGCAGGUCUGAGUGGAGCCACGGACGCGGGUCUCCGUUCCGCAGGAUGGGGUUUGUUAAAGUUGUCAAGAAUAAGGCCUACUUUAAGAGAUACCAAGUGAAAUUUAGAAGACGACGAGAGGGUAAAACUGAUUACUAUGCUCGGAAACGCUUGGUGAUACAGGAUAAAAAUAAAUACAACACACCCAAAUACAGGAUGAUAGUUCGUGUAACAAACAGAGAUAUCAUCUGUCAGAUUGCUUAUGCCCGUAUAGAAGGGGAUGUGAUAGUCUGCGCAGCUUAUGCACACGAACUACCAAAAUAUGGUGUAAAAGUUGGCCUGACAAAUUAUGCUGCAGCAUAUUGUACUGGCCUGCUGCUGGCCCGCAGGCUCCUCAAUUCGUUUGGCAUGGACAAGACCUAUGAAGGCCAAGUGGAGGUGACCGGAGAUGAAUACAAUGUAGAAAGCGUUGAUGGCAAGGCCGGUGCUUUCACCUGCUAUUUGGAUGCAGGCCUUGCCAGAACUACCACUGGCAAUAAAGUUUUUGGAGCCCUGAAGGGAGCUGUGGAUGGUGGCUUGUCUAUCCCUCACAGUACCAAGCGAUUCCCUGGUUAUGAUUCUGAAAGCAAGGAGUUUAAUGCAGAAGUACAUCGGAAGCACAUCAUGGGCCAGAACGUUGCAGAUUAUAUGCGUUACCUAAUGGAAGAAGAUGAAGAUGCUUACAAGAAGCAGUUCUCUCAGUACAUAAAGAACAGCGUGACUCCAGACAUGAUGGAGGAGAUGUACAAGAAAGCUCACGCAGCUAUACGGGAGAAUCCUGUGUAUGAGAAGAAGCCCAAGAAAGAAGUGAAGAAGAAGAGGUGGAAUCGUCCCAAAAUGUCCCUUGCCCAGAAGAAAGAUCGGGUAGCUCAAAAGAAGGCGAGCUUCCUAAGAGCUCAGGAGCGGGCUGCUGAGAGUUGAACCAGUUUUCUAUGAGGAUUUUCCAGAUAAAGACAAUAAACAUUGACCAAGCAGA